UUUGCGUGCAUACCGUUGGCUGCAGACCAUGAUCUUUGCAGUGGAAGAGAUAAACAGAAACCCCCAACUGCUGCCCAAUCUCACCCUGGGGUAUGCCCUGGCUGACACUUGUCUUGCAGAGACAACAACAUUAGGCACUGCACUGGGGCUGGUAACCGGGAAGGACCCUGUCGUUACGAGCUCCAGGUGCGGCCGCACUCCCGAGGUGCCUGUCAUCGUUGGUGAUGCCCGCUCCUCAGGAUCUAUUGUGGUUGCUCGCACACUGGGAGGCUUCAACAUCCCCAUGGUUAGCUACUUUGCCACUUGUGCUUGCCUUGGAGACCACCAAAAGUACCCCACCUUCUUCCGCACUGUGCCCAGCGAUGCCUUUCAGGCCAGGGCCAUGGCACACAUGCUGCGCCUCUUUGGCUGGACCUGGGUGGGGGUGGUAGUGGGAGAUGAUGACUACGGCAUGUCUGGGAUCCAGCAUCUGCUGGAGGAGCUGCAGAACUCUGAGGUGUGUGUGGCCUUUUCUGAGGUCAUCCCAAAGGUCAACUUGGAAAAGAGUAUCCCACGCAUUGCGGAAACCCUCAGGCAUUCCACAGCCAAAGUCAUCAUCACUUUUGCCAUUUCCACAGACAUGCAUGUCCUGUUGAGUGAGGUGCUGAAACAAAACAUCACCGACAAGCAGUGGAUUGCCACAGAGUCCUGGAUUACAGCUAACCUCAUUUCUUCUACACAAAACCUGGCCUCACUGAGUGGCACUAUAGGAUUUGCCUUGCGCAAGGGCAACCUUCAGGGUCUCAGAUCUUUUCUCACCAGGUUGCAGCCCGAAGCUUUUCCCUCUGACCCCUUUCUGCGGGAAUUCUGGGAGGUGACUUUCGGAUGCUCUUGGAAGAAGGACUCCAGCCCCUCUCCGUUAGCCACACCCCAGUGCACAGGGUCUGAGAGCUUGGACAAUGUUGAAGGCAUUUAUAAUGAUGUCUCUCAGUUGAGGGCCACUUACAGUGUGUACAAGGCUGUGUAUGCCAUCGCACAUGCCAUUCACAACAUGCUGUCCUGCCAACCAGGAGAUGGCCCCUUUGAAAAUGGGGGGUGUCCAGAUGUCACCAACCUCCAGCCCUGGCAGAUUCUCCACUACCUCCGCACCGUAAACUUCACCACACCUGUGGGGGAAGCUACACACUUUGACAAGAACGGUGAACCCCCGGCUGCUUAUGACAUAAUUAACUGGCAAGUGGGGGCACAUGGAACAUUGGAGUUUGUCAGAGUGGGACAGUUUGACUCUGGGGAUGGAUCUCACGGCGAGUUUGACAUCGAUGUGAAAAGAGUCGUCUGGGGCGGUGGCCAGAAUGAGGUGCCUGUGUCCGUCUGCAGCAUGCCCUGUCCCCCAGGCACUCGGAAGGCUGUGCAGAAAGGAAAGCCCAUCUGCUGCUUCGACUGCUUACCAUGUGCAGAAGGAGAGAUCAGCAACACCACUGGUUCAACAGAGUGCCAGAAGUGCCCAGAUCGAUUCUGGUCGAAUGCUGCCCGAACAACCUGCGUUCCAAAAGAGGUGGAGUUCCUGUCCUUCCAGGAGACCAUGGGGAUCAUUCUUGCUGCUCUUUCAGUCUCUGGGGUGGUCCUCACAACCACUGUCCUUGGCACCUUCUUUUUCCACCGGGAUACGCCCCUUGUCAGGGCAAACAAUGCAGAGCUGAGCUUCCUGCUACUGCUGUCACUCUCUCUCUGCUUCCUGUGUGCACUGGCCUUCAUCGGUCGCCCCUCUCUCUGGUCCUGUAUGUUGCGCCACACGCUGUUUGGGAUCAGUUUUGUGCUCUGCAUUUCCUGUGUCCUCAGCAGGACGGUGGUGGUGCUGGUGGCCUUCCGUGCCUCAGUCCCUGGCAGCAACAUCAUGCGGUACUUUGGCCCAGUGCAGCAGAGACUGGCCAUCUCCCUCUGCACCUCUGUCCAGGUGCUCAUCUGUGUGCUGUGGUUGGUUCUCUCACCGCCCAUCCCAUCCGAGAUACAGGGAAGGAGUGCCAGGAUCAUCCUUGAGUGUGAUGUGGGCUCAGGGGCUGGAUUUGCCUGUGUCCUGGGCUACAUCGGCCUGCUGGCAGCCAUCUGCUUCCUGCUGGCCUUUUUAGCCAGGAAGCUCCCAGACAACUUCAAUGAGGCCAAGUUCAUCACCUUCAGCAUGCUCAUCUUCUGCGCUGUCUGGAUCACCUUUGUUCCUGCCUAUGUCAGCUCCCCGGGGAAAUACACAGUUGCCGUAGAGAUAUUUGCAAUCCUGGCCUCAAGCUAUGGACUUCUCCUCUGCAUCUUUGCUCCCAAGUGUUAUAUAAUCCUACUGAGACCUGACAAGAACACCAAGAAGAAGAUGAUGUCCAAAGAAAAGUCAUAAACCUGUGAUUAAAUGUAUUGUUGAGAAAUAUUCAGGUGAUGUCUAGAGAGAAUUUUUAUCUGCUUUUGUUUAGAUAUUGGGUCAGUGGACCAGUAAGCAUCCAAAGCUGAAACUAGAACAUGUUUUUAAGCUUCAUAUUCGGUAAAUGCAAAAAGUUCAUUAGUUUUUAAGAAAUUAGUAAUACUUCUGAUACUUUUGGUUCUUACCUUUCUCUAUACACAGUUGGCUUGUAAACAUUAAAGCAAAACCACUCAAAUAUUAUAUAUAAUGUAUAACCUUCAAUAAUACAUCAUGAAAUACAUUAUACAUUAUUCCAGAAACCGAACUGAUGAAAAUAAACCAUAUUUUUCAAGCCAAAACACUUUUUUUGACCAUGAAGCAUGCCACAUUUAUUCUCCUUGUCAUUUUACCAUCACAGAAUAGAAACAGAAGAGAGCAAACUUUGCUCCGUGUGGGAACCCCUCUCAGCACUGUGAUUCCACCCUACACAUGUAAAUUCAGUCACCAUCAAACCCCCUUGUUUUUCUCUGAGAUUCACAUUUACAUUUAUCAAUACACUUUUAUCAGAUAGUUUCCACUCUGCAGGCCUGUAAAUGGGGAGUGUCACCAUGACCCAAUCAAUGUAGUGGUGGAUUCAGGGAUCAUACGCUGGGUGCUUGUAAACCCACCACCAAAUUCAUUCAUUACAAUCAUGUGAUGGGGUUGAUAAAGACUUCAAUGUGGGGAUGAAUAAUAGUGGGCAAUGUAGAUCCAGAAAUUAGGUUUAACGCUGUGUGGAGAUAACACCUUUGACAUUUUCAGUUUUUAACUGAAAUUGAGUC